UAACAAAAGUAUAAAAGAUUUACAAAAAUGAUUCAAAUAUCAUCGUGCUUGUUAUAUUAGAGCCAGAAAAAAAACGAAUAUGUGCCAAGUGGCUCCAGUGCGUCUUCCACAAAAUAUAAUUAUAAAUUUUUUGAGCUAAUGAGACCAUUAGACGACACGCUAAAUACUAAAUCAAUAAUAAAUUCAUGAUCUGUUCAGCAAAAUCCAUCUACCUCGUUCAACAUGGAAAAUUCAAUAUCAGAUAGCUCAGACAUUGAAUUGUCAAACACAUUAAUUCCUGCAGUUACAAGCCCUACACCUGAGACGCUUAAGCCUACUUUGAAGACCACCAAAAAACAGAAAUUACAAAAUGAAUCAAUUAUACAAUCAGCUUUACUAGACAUUUUAAAAACACCAGUUCCUCAGACAGAUGCUAAAGAUGGCUUCUUAAAAACUCUGGGAGAAACUCUAUGUCGAUUAUCAUAUCGGAAGAGAACCAUGAUGGAAAUAAAAUUUCUUCAAAUGGCUUUAGAAGCAGAAGAAGCAGAGCUUUGACUUCGAGAAUAUGGUCGCAUCAUACAAUUUUUCAAACCAAAAGCUUCAUCUGCCACAAUUACAAACGGCAAAAUAGGACCGUUAACUCCAACUGCUGCUGGUGAUGGUACUUGGAGAGAAUUUUCUUCCAAUAAAUUAUAUAACGCGCUGUUUCGAAACACUCCACCAUUACUCUGCCGUCCUUCCGCUCCAAUAUCUAUGAAAGUGAACCGAUA